AUGGCUGCCGGAAUGGAUACCGAGCCAACUCAAGGAUCCAUCGCAGCCUCUGCCGGAGCAGGCUCGACCAAACGGCGGCGAUUGAAUUUUGCCUGUAACUACUGCCGGGCCCGAAAAACCCGAUGCGAUGAACAACAGCCAUCCUGCCAAGCUUGUCUGCUCGCCGGUGUCCCCUGUGUCACCGAGGACCGCCGAAAACCCGGACAGUGGGUUCAGCGGCGUGAGGCGGGCAAGGGGCUUGAUGCCUCUUCCGCGCGUUCAGCAAGCCCGCUGGAAGAGCAUCGCGCAGCAGACGCGGACAACUGCCAUGCAAGGUCACCGGUGGAUUCAAGAGCUGCGUCUAUCAUACCUCUAGCAAGGACGGACAUGACCGGGAGCGAAUCGGGGUCGCAGGCUCAGGAUGGGGCCUCAACCGCCCAGACGCUCAGCAACCGCUUGCCAAUUUGGUGCCAGAGCGAAGCAGCCAACUCGUUUGAGAUAUUGACAGAGUGGCUCGAUUUGGCCUUUCACCGACUGAGCAUCCCAUACCGGGUUGGCGUCAAUCAAGGCACCGAGUCGGGCGCAAGUAAUACGACACCCAACCCGCGCCACGGUCUUGUUCAACUGCAACCCUCACGAACUGUUCCUGAUAUCCCUGACGCCCAGACCGUGGAGAAACUCAUCCAAGUGUUCAAGGAAGAAACUCACGCUUUUUUCCCUGUCCUCCGCUUGGACCUCGCCCGUGCUGAAGCUUUGCAAGCCUGCCAACUUUCUGCAAAUACAAAUCAAAUUGAGGCCAUCGAUCUGAACUUGCUGAGAACACUACUCUUGCUCGCGGCUGGGGGUUUCCAUCAGCAAGAGCAGAAGGACUUUACGAAACAUACAUUGACCCUCGCCAGAGACUCUCUCGGUCAUUUGAUAGGGUCGGUAAGCAUCGAUACAGUUGAGGUCCUGUUCCUCUUUUCUGUCUGUCUGAGACUGAACGAUGAGCUUGCUUCAGCCUGGACAACGCUCGGUCUCUGCAUCUCACUGGCUGCUUGCCUCGGGCUCCACAGGCCGAGUGCAAAGCACUCUCCCGUUUCUCAGCACCGUCACCCUGUCUGGUGGGCCAUCUAUAGCUACGAGAAGUUUUUCUCUUUUCAACUUGGGCAUACGUCGAGCAUUUCGGAUGAAGGCUAUGACAACCAUGAUGACAUUAAUUCGAAUUGGGCAAAUACGAAGCCGCACGAGUUUGUUUUGACCAUGGCUCGGGUCCUGAGCAAAGUGAGCCGAAGGUGUGUUGAGGCGCGGCGAAAAGAGGAUUUGGCAAGCAACAGAGACUUGGAGGCAGCUAUUAAAGAAAAGGUUCACGCAACGGGCGAGUCUCUUCUCAUGUUGGUGGAUUGGGCCGAGGCGCUUCCACAAUAUAUCAGACCAACUUCUAACUCGCUACCUGUGUCUCAAGAUGAUGAAGCUAUAGCAUCCUUCAUCUCUCUCUACUAUCAUAAUGCGAUCCUCAUGGUUUCUCGCAACUGUCUCCUAAUCAGUAACUUAGCCCUGCACAAGGCUGUCGAGAUUAUUGCCAAGGGGAGCCCGUGGGAACAUGUAAUCCGCAACGGACAAUACUUAGUGGCCAGUUCCGCCCGCAAGAUGGUGCAUCUCCUCGCCGAGAACGAGGGGGCGCGAAGACCUGCACUCGUGCCCUGCUACUUCUCGCCUUUGCACGCGUUCUACGUCCUAGCUAUCUGCAUCUUGAAGCAGCCAGAUUCGAGAGUCUCUCGAAUGGAUCAAAGCCUGCUGGAGACUGCUGCUGAUAUGGUGCAUUGCUCGUGUCUGGGGCUGGAAGCCGACCGCCUAGAGUGUGUGAUUGAAGGCGUUCUGAACCUAACCUCCAACGCCAUCACUGCGGCCCGGGGUUCUUCCCAAAGCAACCGCACCGUGGAUGGAAAUACCACCGAGACCUUGGGACCUUCCGAGAACAGCGGUGAGCUCCUGUCCUGGCCAGAAACAGGCGAUGCCGUUUCGUUGCAUGGACCGAGGCCACUGGACCCAAUCAACCCAGGCCCCUUUGUCCAGGUGGUAAAUAACACGCGUUUCGACCCGAACGCUGGAGAUAUGUAUACUUCUCCGAUGUUACCGGACAAAAUCGGGUGUGACUGGGCUCAUUUUGAGGAUUUUUUAGCAAGGCUAGAGGAAGAUAAUCCCUUGCCCUCUAUAAGCGAUAGUUUAGUAUAA